AUGACGACUGAGGACAAGGCGUCGGAGCCGCCUGUGACGCAGGUCGAUGCUGCUGCGCCUCAUGGCCACAAGUCCACAAGUAGCGGUCCUAGGAAACCUCGCCCAAAGCGACCAAAUUACAAUGAAAUUCACGCCAAGCCACUCCCGCUUGACAUUCACCCAUUGCCAGCCUUCAUCCCACAUAACCCCUUAUCCAUCGUGAGGAUUGCUAUCACUCUUCUUUCACACUCGUUGCGAAAACCAAACUCGCACAAGGUUUCUCACAACGCCUACUACUCUGAAGACACCCAGUCGAUCCAUGUCACGGACCCUGCAUCGAUCCGCGCGCUCUGGGAGCAAGGCUUCUGGGGCAAAGGGUCGCUCAGUCGCAGUGAACCCCAGUGGCUACUCGCCGAAAGGCGCAGGCGGGGUAUUGAAGCAUCCACAGCAAGCACACAGAUCACCCAAGCCCGAAGAGAAGAGCGCAGGCAAUUCAAGCUUGAGCGUGCCAAGGCGCAACGAGAAGCCAUUGAGCAGCAACUGCGCCAGGAAGGCAAGCUAGACGCAGACGGUACCAUCAACGACUUGGUGGAUGAUGGUGUCGUCUCCGAGUCACCAAGAGGGACCGUAUACACGCCCGAAGCUGGUCAUGUUGUGGGUCCAACUGGCGACUCCAUCGUCGCAGAGGUCGACAAGAGCUUUGCAGACAAGGCUCCCGCCUGGGGUGAGGAUGCGUCUGCUACCAAGGACGACGAAGAAAUCAAGGACAUUGAGCAUCUGCAACUCACGCCAGAAGAGGCGUUUUUCCUUACCUACGUCCUAGGUGCCCUCAACGUCGUCGAAGGCAACAUUGUCGACGGCAACGCAGCGCUUCCUACGUGGUAUCUUUUCCGCCUCUACAGCGCCUAUGCUUCAUUGCCCGUCGACGAUACCGCAGUCAUCGGCCUAAAGAAAGCCUACCAAUACCGUGAGCGCUUGUCACAGAAGACCGCAGCUCUACCUAGCACACAGCAGAUCGCUCCCGACAACUCGUUCGUCCUCAAAUACGUCGUUUACCACCACUUCCGCUCCUUGGGCUGGGUUGUCCGCCCCGGCAUCAAGUUCGCCGUCGACUACCUGCUCUACCUCCGCGGUCCUGCCUUUCAUCAUGCCGAGUUUGGUGUUCAGAUCAUCCCUUCGUACUCGCAUCCUUACUGGUCUGAGACGCCGGAGCGUGUUGCCCAUCGCAGACAGAAGGAGAGCAGGGAUUGGUGGUGGUUCCACCGAGUGCAUCGUGUGCAGACAGCAGUUAUGAAAACACUAGUGCUGGUGUAUGUUGAGGUGCCGCCGCCAUGGGACGGAGAAACUAAGCAGGAUGCAUUUGGUGUUGAUAUCGGCAAGGCUCUCACGAUGUACAAGGUUAGAGAGGUUGUAUUUAAAAGAUGGAGCCCUAGCAGGAACCGCGAUUAG